CGACGCUGCAUGCCACUCCCGAAUACAUCCCCGCACGCUCGUCACCAUUGAUCCACAUACCCACCUGAACACCCACCAGGACUCCCGUCCUCCUCGUCCCGCACUCGUUUCGACUCUGGAAGCUACUGCGGGACCAUCGCGCACCCCUCCUCGGCUCCCUUUGAUUCGUUCCCGCUCCCUCCUCGAAGAUUUAGCGGACGGCGAUCCAUCUACUGACAUUCCGGACACCCCCAGAGCACAUAAGCGACCCAGGCUUGAGAGCCCGAGUGCUCGCAUACGUAAUCCCGCCUCCUUGUCUUCGAUCGAUCCUGCCGCUCGCAUAAUCACCUAUCCGGACACGAUGCGAAGCCCUGAACUUGACCACGAACCGCCCAUGUCGGUCUCUCUCGAAUCGACCUCUGAAGCAGGCCCGAGCUACCUCACGCUCGAUAAGGUGGCCAACUCGAACGGAUAUACGAACGGGAAGAGUGCUUCUCAGCCUCUGUCUAACGGGUCCUCAGCCGGCUUGCAUAAUGGAGCGCACAGUCAUCCACCUGUCUCCCGAGUCAAAUUGCCAGGCUCAAGGCUCUACGAAGACUUGCUCAUUGAUCGGGAAGAGUAUGUGCGACUCGUCAUACAAAGCCUUCGUGAUGUUGGCUAUAUAGAGUCUGCUGCUACCCUUGAAGCGGAAUCGGGCUACUCACUUGAAACCGGGUACGUUUCAGAGUUUCGGCAAUGCAUUCUCGAAGGCUCGUGGUCACAGGCCGAGGCACUGCUUCCACGACUCGGCGUGGUUGACGAGACAUCUCUUUGGGCGGUGAAGUUCCUCAUUGGCCAGCAGAAAUAUCUUGAGCUGUUGGAAGCGGGGAAGACUGCCGCUGCGCUGCAGGUUCUGCGCACAGAAUUGGCACCUCUCAAUGUGGGCUCUGAUCAAUUACAUUCCUUAUCGAGUUUGAUCAUGUUCUCAAAUCCUAAAGACCUAUGUGAGCGCGCAGGAUGGGACGGUGCCUCGGGGACAUCUCGCGACGAUCUCUUAUUCUCACUGCAGCGUCAUAUUUCAUCAACGACGAUGAUACCGCAGCGUCGUCUUGCGACCCUAUUAAGCCAGGCUCAGCUUUAUCAACGGCAACAGUGUUUCUACCACAACUCCCCCGCUAACCCUCAGACGUUCUCAUUAUUCAUGGACCACGAAUGUGACAAGGAGGACUUCCCUCGUGUGACCACUACCAUUUUGGAAGUUCACACCGAUGAAGUGUGGAAUAUUGCUUGGAGUCAUGAUGGCCGAUACCUCGCCAGUGCGGGCAAAGACAAGACCGCCAUAAUAUGGCGCAUAGGGCAUGAAACUGAGCCAACUUCUCGGGAAUGCGUCGCAGAGCUUGUACUUCGGGAUCACGAGUACUGCGUUGGAUGCCUUGCAUGGUCGUUGGAUGACUCAAUACUCCUCACGACUGCUGACCAGCUUAUCAAGAUGUGGAACGCAAAGGAUGGGACAUUGUUGAGAACACUUGACGAGCACCAAGAGACUGUCACAGCAUUAUCCUGGCUCCCAGAUGGAUCAGGCUUCAUUUCGGGAAGUCUAGACCGUAAGAUCGUCACUUGGGAUUCGGACGGCAAAAAGAGAGAUUCUUGGCCCAUCUCCCCGAUGCGCAUCACAGACAUGGCAAUAUCACCAGACUUUUCAAGGCUUGUCACAGUCGGAAUGACCUACUCCUCUCCACCAGACGCAUCGGGUGAUAGAGGAAGCUCGCCAGCGCUUGCGGGUGACGACGCUCGUCCCCCAAGGAAUCAAGUGAUCGUGUAUCACAUGGAUACGAAGGAGGUUGCAAUUACCAUUCCACUUGGGGGUGAGCUCACAAGUGUGAAGAUCUCGGAGGACUCACAAUUUGCCCUCAUUAAUCACGCACCACACGAGGUGCACCUCUAUGACCUCGUAUCAGGUCGGUUAGCGCGGAAGUUUACUGGUCAACACCAGGGGCAUCAUGUGAUCCGGAGUUGUUUUGGAGGCAUAGACAAUAACUUCGUUGCCAGCGGUAGUGAAGAUGCCAACGUUUAUAUCUGGCACCGUGAUACAGGUGUCCUCCUCGAAGUUCUGUCUGGCCACGGCAACGGGAGUGUCAAUUCUGUAGCGUGGAACCCUCAGAACGAGCGUAUGUUCGCGUCGUGUUCCGACGAUAGCACAAUACGGAUAUGGGAGUCGGCACCGCCCGAAAUCUCUAUGAUGGAGCCCGAGCCACCUAUUGGCAAAGGCAAGGGCAAGCAACAGUGGGAUGGGGUGAUCUGACGCCUGCCGCCUUGGCCAGUGUCAGUACCUCGACUUCGGCAUUGGCUCUGGCCGCCGCCUCUUCCGGACCUUCCGCGAGGCCAAGUACUCUUUUCUCUGUAUCAUCAUCUCAUCAUCAUUGGCCUGUGUAUUAUUGAUUACCACAUUAUCUCUCAUGUCCAGUUGGACCGAACGCUCGUUGCUCCCCGUCACUUGCCUACACCUACCCCAUCUCAACCCACGCCAUUGACCCAGACAAGCCUCAAUUGAUAUUAUACAGUUUGCAGUUCACGUGCCACGUUUUACGUCUUCAUGCAUAUUUUAGAAUGGUUUUAUAUUAGCAUCUCUAUUGUGGAAGUUAGUCACGCAAUACAUCUCGUCUUAGGCUUCUUUCUAGGCAAGUACUGGCAGGCACAACUGUAUCACCUUUCUUUCAU